UUGAACUCAGGCUCUCUUGCUUUCUCCCCACUGGACCCCACUGGCUCCCCUUUAUAGGCGGCUAUAAGGUCUACGUCCCAAAAGAGCCCCUGAGCUCCCCCGGCCUCAAUAGGGGGGAAAGGGGGAAGAAGGACCCCAAAGAUCAAAGGGAGCCCUCCGCCCCACCUCCACGGGGAACCAUAGCAACCAUCUAAACUGCGCAGGCGCCAUCUGGAUGGUUGGAGGAAGACGGAUGUCAAUUGGUCGUUCUGGGGAGGGCGGUGAUUGGCAGGAAGACUUCUUGGGGCGGUUCUUCCAAGGGAAAAGACGGACGUUCUGGAGAAAAAAGGGCAUGAAGCCUCUAUUUCUGAAAACAGUAAGAUCAAGGAGGCGGUGCCUGGGGAGGAAAAGGCGGGGCUCCGCAGAAAGGAGUGGCUGGGAAAUCGAGCUCCUUCACUUUCGGAACCAGCGAGCAGAGGGAAGGAGCGGUUCGCUUCCGAGACGGAGAAACCGGAUGAGGGCGGAAGAGCCUGGCGGGGGGAGAAAGGAAGGAAGCGCCGCCUGAGAGGAGGAGGUCCCUGCGCGGCUUCCCCGGGAGACGGCGGGGAAAGGCCUGGAGGCUCUGGGGCUGCAGGAGGGAUGAGCCCAGGUGGACCCCGGGAAACGCCGCUGCCUGGAGGGCGAUUCGGUGAGGAGGAAACGGGAGGAGACCUCGAGACGGUCCUGGAGAGUGGAGGGUACGUCGGAAGACCCGAUAUGCCUCAAAGGGUCCAGGAGGGAGGAAAGGAAUAUCAGUGCCUGGAAUUUGAAAAGUCCUUCAAAAGAAAUGAACAUCUUCAGGGCCAUCUAAAGCUCCAUUCAGGAGAUAAUCCAUUUAAAUGCUUGAAGUGUGGAAAGAGCUUCAGUCAGAGAAGAGACUUUGAUAGACAUGAAAGAAUCCACUCAGGGGAAAAGAAACACGAGCGCACAGAAUGUGAAAAAUCCUUCAAAAGAAAACACCAUCUUAAAAGUCAUCUAAGAAUCCACUCAGGAGAGAAAUCUCAUAAAUGCCUGGAGUGUGGAAAGAGCUUCAGUCAUAGCAGCAGCCUUUAUAUACAUCAAAAGAUCCACUCAGGAGAAAAACCUCAUAAAUGCCUGGAAUGUGGAAAGAGCUUCCGUCAUAGAAGCACCCUUUAUGUACAUCAAAGAAUCCACUCAGGAGAGAAACCUCAUAAAUGCCCGGAGUGUGGAAAGAGCUUCCGUCAUAGAAGCACCCUUUAUGUACAUCAAAGAAUCCACUCAGGAGAGAAACCUCAUAAAUGCCAGGAGUGUGGAAAGAGCUUCAGUCAGAGGAGCAGCCUUUAUAAACAUAAAAAGAUCCACACAGGAGAAAAACCUCAUAAAUGCUUCGAAUGUGGAAAGACCUUCAGUGAGAGGAGCAGCCUUUAUAUACAUCAAAGGAUCCACUCAGGAGAGAAACCUCAUAAAUGCCUGGAGUGUGGAAAGAGCUUCAGUCAGAGGGGCAGCCUUUAUAGACAUCAAAGUAUCCAUUGGGGAGAAAAACCACAUAAAUGCCUGGAGUGUGGAAAUAAAUUUAGUCAGCGUUCAUAUCUUUAUGCACAUCAAAGGAUCCACACAGGAGAAAAACCACACACAUGCCUGGUGUGUGGAAAGAACUUCAGUCAUAGGGAAAGCCUUUAUGUACAUCAAAGAAUCCACACGGGAGAAAAGCCUUAUAAAUGCCUAGAAUGUGGAAAGAGCUUUACUGACCAUUCAAACUUCCGCCGACAUCAAAGAAUCCAUACAGGAGAAAAACCACAUAAAUGCCUAGAAUGUGGAAAGUGUUUCAAUACUAGAGAUAUUCUGUAUAAACAUCAAAUGAUUCACACAGGAGAAAAACCUCAUAAAUGCCUGGAGUGUGGAAAGAGCUUCAGUAAGCGGUGCACCCUUAAUAGACACCAAAGAGUCCACACAGGAGAAAAACCAUAUAAAUGCCUGGAGUGUGGAAAGAGCUUCAGUCAUAGAAGCAGCCUUUAUGUACAUCAAAGAAUCCACUCAGGAGAGAAACCUCAUAAAUGCCAGGAGUGUGGAAAGAACUUCAGUCAGAGGAGCAACCUUUAUAAACAUAAAAAGAUCCACACAGGAGAAAAACCUCAUCAGUGCCUGAAGUAUGGAAAGAGCUUCACUGAGCGUGCAGAAGUUAGGCAACAUGCAAGAAUCCACACAGGAGAAAAACCUCAUAAAUGCCUGGAUUGUGGAAAGAGCUUCAGUAAAUUGGGAAACCUUUAUAAACAUCAAAGGAUCCACACAGGAGAAAAACCUCAUACAUGCCUGGAGUGUGGAAAGAGCUUCAGUCAGAGGGACAACCUUUAUAACCAUCAAAGGAUCCACACAGGAGAAAAACAUCAUAAAUGCCUGGAGUGUGGAAAGAGCUUCAGUCAAAGGGGCAACCUUAAUAAACAUCAAAGGAUCCACACAGGAGAGAAACCUCAUAAAUGCCUGGAGUGUGGAAAGAGCUUCAGUCAGAAGAGCCACCUUUAUACACAUCAAAGGAUCCACACAGGAGAGAAACCUCAUAAAUGCCUGGAGUGUGGUAAGAGCUUCAGUGAGCGGAGCAAACUUUAUACACAUCAAAGAAUCCACACAGGAGAGAAACUUCAUAAAUGCCUAGAGUGUGGAAAGAGCUUCAGUCGGAAGAGCCACCUUUAUACACAUCAAAGAAUUCACACAGGAGAGAAUCCUCAUAAAUGCCUGGAGUGUGGAAAGAGCUUCAGUGAGCGGAGCAGCCUUUAUAACCAUCAAAGGAUCCACACAGCAGAAAAACAUCAUCAAUGCCUGGAGUGUGGAAAGAGCUUCAGUCAUAGGGGCAACCUUUAUAAACAUCAAAGGAUCCACACAGGAGAGAAACAUCAUAAAUGCCUGGAGUGUGGAAAGAGCUUCAGUCAGAAGAGCCACCUUUAUACACAUCAAAGGAUCCACACAGGAGAGAAACCUCAUAAAUGCCUGGAGUGUGGUAAGAGCUUCAGUCAGAAGAGCCACCUUUAUACACAUCAAAGGAUCCACACAGGAGAGAAUCCUCAUAAAUGCCUGGAGUGUGGAAAGAGCUUCAGUCAGAAGAGCCACCUUUAUACACAUCAAAGGAUCCACACAGGAGAGAAUCCUCAUAAAUGCCUGGAGUGUGGAAAGAGCUUCAGUGCGCGGAGCAGCCUUUAUAACCAUCAAAGGAUCCACACAGGAGAAAAACCUCAUAAAUGCCUGGAGUGUGGAAAGAGCUUCAGUCAGAGGAGCAACCUUUAUAGACAUCAAAGGAUGCACACAGGAGAAAAACCUCAUAAAUGCCUGGAGUGUGGAAAGAGCUUCAGUCAUAGGAGCACCCUUUAUGUACAUCAAAGGAUCCACACAGGAGAGAAACCUCAUAAAUGCCUGGAGUGUGGAAAGAGCUUCAGCCAGAAGAGCCACCUUUGUACACACCAAAUGAUCCAUUCGGGAGAAAAAACACAUAAAUGCCUGGAAUGUGGAAAGGGGUUCAAAAGAAAUAAUGUUCUUAAAAUGCAUCUGAGUAUGCACUCAGGAGAGAAACCCCAUAAAUGCUUGGAGUGUCGAAAGAGCUUCAGUCUUAGGGGCAACCUUUAUAAACAUCAAAGGAUCCACACAGGAGAAAAACCUCAUAAAUGCCUGGAGUGUGGAAAGAACUUUAGUCAGAGAAGCAGCCUUUGUAGACAUCAAAGGAUCCACUGGAGAGAGAAACCGAAUAUAUGCCUGGAGGACGGAGGUUCCUUGGGAAGACCCUGGAUUUCCCAAAAGGAUUCAGGAGGGGGAAGAGAAAUAUCAGUGCCUAGAAUGUGAAAAAUCUUUCAAAACUAAUUGACAUCUUCAAAGGCAUCUAAUAAUCCACACAGGAGAUAAACCUCACAAAUGCCUGGAGUGUGGAAAGAGUUUCAGUCAGAGGAUCCACCUUUAUGCACAUCUAAGGAUCCAUUGGGCAGAAAAACCACAUAAAUGUGUGGAGUGGGGAAAGAGCUUCAGUCAAAGGGGAAGUCUAGAUAUCCAUCAAAGAAUCCACACAGGAGAAAAAUCCUACAAAUGUCUCGACUGUUCAAAGAGCUUCACUAGUACUUCACA